CCGUGUCGUUAACGUGCGUCUCUUGAGUUUUCCGCUCCUUUUGGGUUUUGCGCAUCCUUUGCUCACUACCCUUCCCCAAAGUGAUGAACUUGGUCACUGAUCCCGACGCUCACAUCCAGACAGUCAAACGAACCACCCCUCAAUAUAUCAAAUCCGACUCUCUCAAGUCCUCUUCGGCUACGAACGAGUACUUUUCAGACUAUGCCUCCGAAGUUGCCAGUCAAAAGUCGGACGAUUCCAAAGCGAGCUAUGAGACGCCUCCCUCACGCAUCUCUACUCCGCUACAAGUGCAUCACAACCCUAUCGAUUCCGAGAUGACACUCCCUUCAAGACCUGGCGCAAUUCAGCCGGCUCCCUUGAACAUUCGACACAGCCAACCUGCAGGUGCACAGUCGACGGUGCGGAUGCUGUCUAGUUUCGACGAGAUGAGCCCUCCGACUCCUGGGGUUGACGAUACACCGUACAUCCGAUUUGCCAUCGAGCAGUUAACAAGAGACGAGGAUGUCAUUGGUCGAGGCAGGGAUAGUACAUUUCCUGCUCCGCAGGUGCCUCUUCCAGCGCCCCUACCUCCCAUCGAGCCUGGCUUUGACGAAAGCCCUCAUGCGCCAACUCCGUCUCCUCCGCCGACUCCACCCCCCCAGCCUGCCUCGCCUCGUCCGCCCUCUCGCGCUCCUUCACAAACAGGCCUCCAAGAGGUUAUGAUCCCAGUUGAUCUUUCGAAAGACCUUCGUUUACGACUCGGCUUUGUACCACUACCUUUACGACUUCCAAUUCUUGGUCUAUUCUUCCUCCUAUGCCUUUUAAUGAUCGCCGCCCUGAUAUUCAGCCUGGUCUUCGCAGGCACGAAUCAUGCACUCUUCAACUAUGAUGGAAAUACGACGCCGCGCUACUUUGUCUUCCAGUAUCUACCACAACUGGUUGGCAUUCUCUUGAUCCUGUGGCUUUUUGUGGUCGAGGCCGCAGUGUAUAGAUCCCUGCCUUAUUACUGCAUGGGCCCAGGUCGCCGCAAUCACUGGGUUUUGCAAAACAUGCGAAUUCUUCCAGCAAACUAUCUGCUGCCAGACCUCACGUUCUUCCGGAAUGGCGAGUCCUUGUUGGGAGUUACAUUCUUGAUCUUCUGGAUGACGAGUUUUACGGUCCCGCUUCUCGCAUGCGUCUUCCAGACACAAUGGAUCACAGAUGACGGGCCGGCACGUUUCCGAUGGACGGCUGUUAGAGGCGUUGGCUGGACUCUAGUGGCGCUAUAUGUCCUUCUUUGCCUUGGACUCUUGUAUUGCGUCUUUCGCUUUCGGCGACGGAAUUCCAACUUACUCUGGGAUCCCUGCUCUCUCGCUGAUCUGAUCUGCUUGUUCCGGAGGUCAAAUGUGGGUCCAGACUUUGAGCAAUCCGAGAUAUCACCACAACCGAACGUGCAGAUCCCACCCAGAAAUCUGCGCCUAGGUUUCUUCACCACGUCUGAACGCCCCGAAGUAUUCCAUGCCGUGGGAGAGGAGUACGCCCCUGUCAAACGCCUAUCAUUUCCACCCGAGAAGCCGAGAACUGUCUAUGGCCCCAACGACCAGGUUGAUCUUGAAGCUCAACGGCAUUCUUAUGGCUCUGCGUUCUCUCGCAACAUCCAUUCGCCUUUUGUCCGGUACCGGUGGACGCCUUGGUUCCUCCGCGACUCAUUCGUCUUGGCAUGGAUUGUGGCUGCCGUUCUGCUGGUCAUCGCCUUUUUGGUCGUCAGCUUCGUCAACAAAGCGGUGCAAGAUGGCUUCCGCCCUCUCCUCCCGUCUUUGACGGAUUCGAGCGGCUUCUCACCCGCCAACUUCCUCUACAGCUUCCUGCCAGCAUUUCUUGGCAUGGUGCUGUUCCUCGCUUGGCAGCCGAUUGACAUGUAUUACAGAGCAGUCCAGCCGUUCCGCAAUCUCUCCCAGCCAAGUGGUGCCACAGCAAGGAAGUCACUACUGCUCUCAUACCCUUCCUAUGGACCUGUGCGAGUCGUUAUCCGGGCCCUGAUCAAUCGCGAUUACAAAGUUGCAUAUAUUGCCUUCAUCUCGAUACUCUUGCUCUCUAUUCCGGUGCUGGCUGGUGGAGUGUUCACUGCAGUGUUCUUCUCCUCCGAUAACCAAGUCAGAAUUGUCGCCAGCUUGCCUGGGUACAUCGCGUUGAGCGUGCUGGUCACUAUCUAUGCACUCUCGUACCUGAUUAUCUGGCCGACCAGGAAGCGGUACCUGCCGCACAGUAUUGACACCAUUGCAGCACUUCUGAGUUGGCUAUAUGCCAGUCCAUUGCUCGGUGAUGUCGCGCUACAGAACAUUGGAACGAAAUCUGAGUUGAUCGAGAGAUUGACAGGGUCAACUAUUACUCCAGCGCCACUGACCGGUGACGGCGAAUUGGAGGAAAAAGGUCGUCGAUCACGGCGUGCUGUCCGCCGUCUAGCACAUGACGUUGGGAUGAGGUACGCAUUCGGAAUCUUCGUCGGUCGAGACGGGAAAGAGCACCUUGGCAUCGACCGCUUGCAGAGGCCAGGUAGUCGAGAAAUGCUGGUCGUGCCGACUUCGCGCUAGCCUCCAGAGAACGUCGACAACAACGAGUUGGAGGCGAUGAUAUGAUAUGAUGGCGAUGUACAGUAUGAUGGACAACGCGGAUUCUGAUUCUGAUGAUGACGAUAUUCACACUACGACAUUUAAUGCUUAAACAUAACGGAGUCCGACGCAUCUGUGCGGACAAGGUGCCCAAAAGUGCCUUCUUCGGUAUAUUCGAGAUGGUUCCCACUUCUCAGACAUAUGAUGCGGAAUAUUGAACAGGAGGUUAGAUGGGACAACGAAGACAUGUUGGUUCACACCAUAGAUCCGUGUACAGAUACAAAUAAGAUACCCAACCCUGAUUCUUCAGGUUUAUCUCUCU